AAAAGAGGAAGUAGGCGCAACUAAACAUAUGCACCUCCGGCGCCGCCUGAUUCGAGACACCGAACACCACUUUCCCACUUAUAACAAAAACACAAACACAUGAUGUCAUUCUCUCUCUUACACUCCCCACAUUCCCUAAACCUUAACCUACACCCCCAUGCGCACUUUAGCCAACCCUCUCCCUUUCCUAUGUCCAUCUUACGCCGCCUCACCCUAACCCUACGCCCUCGCCUCCACCACAAUCGCCAUCGCCCUGAGGUGGAACCCGCCGCUGAGUCCCUCUUCCACAUCGCCGUCGACAUCUCCGCCACGCCCGAUCUCGUGGAGUCACACACACGCGCCGGCCAGUACCUUCAGCUACGUGUUCCCGACGCGCCCAAGCCCGUGUUCCUUGCCAUCGCAUCGCCGCCGAAGCUGGCAUCUGCGCGUGGCGCGUUCGAGUUCUUGGUGAAGAGCGUGAAGGGGUCCACUGCGGAGGCGCUGUGCGCGUUGAAGAGAGGGGAUGUGGUGGAGCUGAGCUCGGUCAUGGGAAAUGGGUUUGACAUCAGCCGGAUCGACCCGCCGGAGAAAUUCGGCACUGUCAUCGUCUUUGCCACCGGUUCCGGAAUUAGCCCAAUUCGAUCGCUUGUCGAGUCAGGAUUUGGUGCUGCUCAAAGGUCUGACGUAAGGCUAUAUUAUGGGGCAAGAAACCUUCAGAGAAUGGCUUAUCAGGAUAGAUUUAAGGAAUGGGAAUCUUCUGGUGUGAAGAUUGUGCCUGUGUUAUCUCAACCAGAUGAUAGUUGGAGUGGGGAGAGAGGCUAUGUACAGGAGGCAUUUAAAAAAGUGAAGCAAAUAUCAAACCCUUUAUCAACUGGUGCAGUACUUUGUGGCCAGAAAGAGAUGACUGAGGAAGUGACAUCUAUUCUCGUUGCGGAUGGAGUCUCAGGUGAGAAGAUAUUGAAGAACUUUUGAGCAAAAAAGAACUUAGGCAUUGUUGUGUAUCAAUUUUUGAAAAUAUAUACUGUCUGUAUGAUUAUUUAUUCAUUGUUGUUGCUGAGGGUCAAGUAAAUCUCAGCCCAGCUUAGACUGUAAUUCUGUAAAAAAUAAACAAUUUUGGAAUUGAGCCAAUAUGGAAUUUCCAGCUCUU